AUGUACAAAUUCGUCGCUCUGUUCGCCCUGUUCGCCUGCGCCCUGGCCGCUCCAGCACCGGAACCAGCACCAGGCUUCUUGGCACCAGCCGUCCACGCCGCGCCCGUGGUCGCCGCUGCCCCGGUCGCGGUCGCUCACACCCUUCCGGUCGCCACCAGCUACGCCAACACCUACAAAGUAUCGGUGAAGAGCCCGCUCGUUGCGGCAGCUCCCUACAUCGCCGCCCCCGUGGCCACCGCCGCCGUCGUCAAGACAGCCGCACCGCUCGUCGCCGCUGCACCAGCCGCGGCCGUGUACGCUCACGCACCGGUCGUCGCCACGUACUGA